AUGACGCACACCGAGGAGGAUCGCCCCGAUAUGCUGCCGACUGACGCAUGGUGGACCGUGACCUAUGCUAUCGCACCAGCCAUCGACGCAAUCAACAUUGCGUUCGCCCAACUGCAGAACCGGUCGCUGCUCAUGGCGCAGCAGGAGAGCCACAUCAUGGCGCUUGUUGCCACGAUCAGCACCAUGUUCGACCUUGAACUGAUCGAUCCCGACGACGCUGUCGCUGAGGAGCACGACAACUUCGUGCGAUUUGAGACAAUGCGUAUCCGGACCGACCACCUCAUCAUCCUGAUCGAGGACCAGGGAUCAAUGGCCCGGGACUGCUUUCUGCGCUUGGAUGUUGCCGACAUAGCUACCGUCUUAAAUCAGAUCGUGGCCUAUGCGGAGACUCUGGUGAUCGAGCUGCAGGGCGUUUGUGCAGAGCGCGACGACAGCAACCUGCCGCGGGAGAAAGAUGCACCUCAAGUUCUACCUGGUCAACUAGUUGGACUUCGACCGGCUCACUUCAUCCGUAAUGUGCUAGACCAGCAUCGUGAGCGCAUCCUACUUUUCUGGUGUGAUGUCGACAUCGACGAGGUCGAGGAAAAUCAUCGCCAGCUGGUCGCCGCAUAUAAGAACAACCCCAUCCUGCGCCGCACUAUUGACGAACACGACAAUAGCGCCACUUUCGAUGAUGCCUGGGAUAUCUCACCUCAUCAAUGGCUGCAUCUGCGCGCGUUCUGCGGUGGACUGGCGACCACCUUUCCCAACACUACCUCAGUCGAAUCUGACUUUUCGAUCCUAAAAUGGGAGAUGGAUCCGAACCGGACGGACUUGAUGCACCUGUCGUUGGAGGGCAUCUUUCAAGCCAAGCAGCGCGUUGUUUUGCAGUAA